AUGUCGUUUCGUCAACGUGGUGGUGGUGGUGAUGGCAGCCGCCCUGGCUCUGCACAACAUCACCCACGAGGACGCGGGCGUGGUCGUGGUGGCAGCCGCGGUGGUCGUGGUGGCGAGCGUGGUCGAGGUGGUGGUCGUGGUCGUGGCCGUGGCGGUAGUGGGCGCCGGAACAGGCGCGAAGACGACCCCAGGCGCCGCUACUUUGAUGCCAUCAAGAAAAAAGACGGAAGCGCCACGAUCAAGAGCCACCGCGACUGCGAGAGGUUCCUGGAGAACGUGAGAGAGCACAACGACCGCAUCCACCUGAUGUAUUCCCUGGAGUCCACAGACAUGCUCAACCGCCUCACGCUCUUCCUUGGACCAACCAACAACGUCAACGCGUACCUUCGCCAGUACCUCAUCCCGGCGCUGGAGAUCUUUGCCGAGGGCGACUGCGACCUGCCCUCCAUGCAAAACCAGCGCGACACCAUCUUCCUGGCCCUCAUGGAAGCACCAAACCUCUUCCCGCACUUCACCAAAUACCUCAAGCUUGGCGCUGCGCCAGACACCCACGUCUCCUUCCUGGGCUGGUUCCUCACCGAGCUCGCCGGUGCCGCCCGCCGCAACAACAAGCGCGACGAGAUCCUCGAGCGCCAGGACCUCAAGGACCUUGUGGAUACCCUCUGCGCCAGAGAAGUUCCGUUUGCAGAGGUGCUGCGCGGGCACCUGGCCACCAACGGCAACGGCAACGGCAACGGCAACAACGCCCUGCCCCCAGACCAGCUGCACCUCGCCGCCUUCGACCCGGACUCUGACGCCCUCGUGCCCUUCCGCGACAUCAGCGUCACCCCAACUGUCAACGAUAUUGGCCAAGCACCGCCAGCGCACCUGCCCCGCCCGCCCUUCACCGACAGCCUGGAGGCCGUGCUCAACGGCCAGUUCCGACUCCUGCGCGAGGCGCUGCUUGGGCCCAUUCGCGAACGGCUACAGGACGCCGCUGUCACCAGGGCCAGCGGCAAGGAGGCGUUCCGCACCCUGUUCAAGGUUGGUCCCGUUGGCGCCAACGCCAAGUACGGCGCAGAGAUGACGUUUACCUUUGAGCUGCAUCACAACCACCCGUACCACAAGCGCAAGAAGAGCGACAAGGCAAUGUUCUGGGAGCGCACGUCCCUGCUCAAGCGUGGCUCGCUGGUGCUGCUGCUGCAGAACGGCGAGCCCGCCAUGCUGGCAGAGGUGAUGCAGCGCGACCCAAAGACACUGCUCAACGACCAAACCGUCGGCCUGCGCAUGCUGGAGCCGGGCCAUCUCGACGAUGUCAUCAAGCAGAGGACCACGCGCUACCACGGGUACACCAUGGUCAUGGUCGCGCCAAACUUCUUCGCCUUCCGCCCCAUUCUGCAGCGUUUGCAGGACCUGCACCAGCUCCCCUUCAAGGAAGAGCUGCUUGGCGGCCAGCCGCCAGAGGGCGAGCGCGCACCGGAGUACUGGCGCGACGACGUGCAGGUCGAGGCAGCUGCACUGGCGGAGGAGCUCACACUCAACCCGAGCCAGCGUGAAGCGCUCAUGCACGGCAUGAGCAACCGCGUUGCGCUCAUCCAGGGCCCGCCAGGCACAGGCAAGACCUUUAUUGGCGUGGCGCUGGCCAAGCUGCUGGUGCGCACGUGCAGACAGCGCAUCCUGCUGUGCUGCUACACCAACCACGCCCUCGACCAGUUUCUGAUGGAGCUCAUCGAACACGUCACCAAGAACGUGGUGCGCAUUGGCGGGCACUGCAAGGAGGAGGCACUGGAGCCAUACCGCUUGGAGAUGGGCAAGUCCGACUGGACGCGUGACCAGGCAUCGCGGUACCACGAGCUCAAGGACGAGCGCACCCAACUUGAGAAGGACGUUCAACGGCUCGACAACGCACUGAAGAUGAAGAUGGGCGUCAAGUGGUGGUCGACGCUGAGGCGGCACCUCGAAGACGAGCACCCAGACAUGUGCACAAGCCUGUCGCUGCCUCCACAUGCCGCCGAACCACUGCUGCGGCAACAGCAGCAACAGCACCGGCGGCGCAACCGACACGAGGCGGAGGGCGAUGGGUUUCAGGUGGUCGGGAAAGACGGCAAGGCCGUGGGGCUCGAGUAUCUCUUUGAGCGGUGGUACGAGGGCAAGGACGCAGGCGUGUUUGCCCAGUACAGGGCAGGCGACCCGCUGUGGGCGUUGUCAAAGAAGGAGCGGCGAGCCAAGUUUGGCGAGUGGGAGGAGGAGAUCCGGGCCCCGCAGCGCGAGGAGUUGGCGCGCAAACUUCGACGCAUCCGCACCAUCACGGCCGAGAUUGACGCGCUGCGUGCGUGCGGGCAGGAGAAGAAGCUGGCCAACGCCGAUGUCAUUGCGUGCACGACGUGGGGCGCGGCGCAGAACGCCAUGCUGCUGCAGCGCGUGCGCAUGCCCGUGGUGAUGGCGGAGGAGGCCGGGGAGGUGCUGGAGGCGCACAUCCUGACUGCGCUCCCGCGCGACUGCAAGCACCUCAUCCUCAUUGGCGACCACAAGCAGCUGCGGCCCAAGGUGGACCACUACCCGCUCACCCGCGAGUCCGGCAAAGGGUUUGACCUCAACGUGUCCAUGUUUGAGCGGCUGGCCGACACGCUGCCCGUGGCCAAACUCCAAGUGCAGCACCGCAUGCGGCCCGAGUUUAGCCGGCUCGUGCGCGAGGUGUUCUACCCUGGCGUGCUCGGCGACCACCACAGCGUGGAAGGGCGUGAGCACAUCCGCGGCCUGCAGGGCGAUUUGGUCUUCAUCAACCACAAGGAGCUCGAAGCGGCGGCGCAGGCGAAGAUGGUGCAGCACCAGUCGCACAGCAACCCGUACGAGGUGGGCAUGGUGCGCGCCACCGUGCGCUACCUCAUUCAGCAGCAGUACGACCCCAGUGAGAUUGUGGUGCUCACGCCCUACCUUGGGCAGCUGCUUGAGCUUCGCACGGCGCUGGCCGACGUGACGCACAACGUCGGCGUGGCCAUCGACGACCGCGACAUUGCGGACGCGCGGCAAGCUGGCGCAGACCUCGACACCAGCGUCAGGCACGAGCACGUGCACCGGGCGGCCACAGCCGGCAAAAAGGGCGCCAAGGACAAGGCGGGCGACGACAGGCAGCAGCAGCAGCGGAAGAACGGUGAUGCUGGUGGUGGUGGUGGUGGUGGUGCUGAUGAUGAUGGCAAGGGUAAUGAUGACGUUGGGGAUUUGAAGAAGCAGAAGCAGGCAAAGGCGAAGGCGGUGCGUGUGGCCACGAUUGACAACUACCAAGGGGAGGAGUCGAACAUCAUCAUCCUGUCCCUGGUGCGCAGCAACAAGCAAGGCAGCAUUGGCUUCCUCAAGGAGAAGGAGCGGGUCAACGUCAUGCUGUCACGUGCCAAGCUGGGCAUGAUCAUCAUUGGCAACCUGGACACCUUCUACUUCGCCAAGGCAGAAAAAGGCCGCGACAUGUGGCAGAAGCUCAUCGACAUUGUUCCUGCGGGCUGCAUCACGGCCGGCCUGCCGGUGUGCUGCCAGCAGCACGCGGAGGUGCGCAACGUGCUGCGAACGCCGCAGGAUUUUGACCUGCACGCGAGGGACGGCGGGUGCGAGCGCCAGUGCGUGUCUGUGCUUGCAUGCGGCCACCCGUGCCCGCUCAAGUGCCACAGCGGCAGCCACGACCACAUCCGCUGCACCCACGAGGAGUUUGUCAAGUGCCACAGCGAGAAGCACGUGCUGCAGGUGAAGUGCUACCAGCUUCGGGCAGUGGAGGAGAUGCGCAAACCACUGGAGACGCAGCAGCGGCGCGUCAGCACCAGCGACACCCCUUCGUUGUACUGCUCCUUCUGUGUGCGCGAGGGAAACCUUAAGCGAUCGUUGGAGCGUGCCAAGGAGCAGCGACAGAAGCAAGAGAUUGACAAUCGCGUCAAGAUGAAGCUCAUGUACGAGGAGAUUAUGGUGGAGCACGAGAGGCAGCUGGCCGAGCUGGAGCAAACGCGCCACACGCGCGACUACGAAGCGGAGAGGAGGCAAAAGGAAAACGAGAUGCUGGAGAGCGUGAAGCAGAUACGGCGGCAGAUGCAGCAAGAAACGGCCGAGGCCGAGGAGCAGCUGCUCAAGGCCACUCAGGACAUGAACGCCAAGCUGAAGGACCUUGAGGAGCAGGCGCAGAGAAAGCGCGUGCAGCUGACAGGGGAAAUGACGAAGCGCCUGCAACAGCUGCGGCAGGAGGAGGAACGGGCGCGGACAGUGGCAGACGAGCGCGCACGCGACGAGCAGCGGCGACUGCAGGAACAGCUGCGGGCAGAGCAGCAGCGCAUUCGCGGGCUGGAGGCCACGCUGGCAGCGCAGGGGGAGCAGCACAGGCAGGAGGUGGAGGAGAGGCGCGCGCAGGUAUUGCUCGAGGCACGGCGCAGGCAGCAGCACCUGCAGAACUUGAUUCGCACCAACAGGGCCCGCACCAACGCGGAGCUGAGGCAGGUGGAGGCCGCCAAGAAGCAGUUGGCCGAGGAGGAGUUUGAGUGCUGCAUCUGCUUCGACGUCAAGCAGCGAGUGGACGGCAUCACGUGCAAGCGCAACCCCCAUUUCAUGUGUGACGAGUGCUUUGAUGGGUACGUGCACAGCAUCGCCACACACGAGGAGCGGCUGGCAAACGGCCCUGAGGUCCGCUGUCCCGGUAUCGACUGCGACAGCCCCGCCUUCACCUUCCGGGAGGUGGCCCAGCACGUGGGGGAGGAGACGAGCGAGCAGCUGUUCAAGCUCAUCCGAGAACUGGCAGAGAAGGACGCCAACGCUGACUCGCGGAGGCGCAUUGAAGAAGAGGUGGAGCGAAGGCUGAAGCAGACGCAGCAGGAGCGCAAGAAGGAGGAAGCACGCAAGCAUAUUACAGGGGAGAUUCUCACGCUCCGCUGUCCUCGCUGCAAGACGGCCUUUGUUGACUUUGACGGCUGCUUUGCCCUCACUUGCAACAACUGCAAGUGCGGGUUCUGUGCGUGGUGCUUGAGGGACUGCGGAACGAACGCGCACCAAUGUGCUGCCAGGUGUGGCACGCGCCAUGGCGGACGUGGAUACCACGGCACAGAGCAGCAGUUCAACGACCACCACAGAAAGCGACGUCAGCGCCUGCUGGACGAGUACAUGGCCACGCUUGAGCCCGAAGUGCGCGAAGCCGUUACAGUUGCCUGCGAGAAGGAUGCGCGUGACCUUGGACUUGUCAUCUCGUCCAGGCCACGACGACGCUCGCCAUCACCGCCACCGGCAGCAGCGGUGGCACGUGCAAGGGCUGAUGGUGUUGGUGGCGAUCGUCGUGUAGCCCAGCGCGGGCGUGAUGGCUUGGCCGCACGAUUGCGUCGCCAGCCGCUUGUCGGUGCACGGCGCCACGAUCCCUUUGGCCUUGUGAACAACGUUCAUGGUGAUGACGACGACGAUGAUGACGACGACGACCACGUUAUUGCGCGGCAACUGGAACAGAUGCAAUUCUGGUGA